CAAGGAUAACCGCCAUUACUCAAGUCAGCCACUAAGUCUAAUGAUGGACCCCCGUACUAGUGCCCACGACGUGAAGCGAUGUGAUCUGUGUGAGACCGCUGAGUUACAGAUGCACUGUGAUACAUGCCUUGUCAACCUGUGUACAGCUUGUGUAGGAAAACACAUGAUAUCUGACCAAUCCAAGGAUCACAAAUUUAAAGUGGUUAAAGUUCAGUCCAGGAAAUCCACUCCCCUCUACCCUGUAUGUACAUCUCAUAACAAAGAACGAUGUGAAAUGUACUGUAGAAAAUGUGACAUUCCUGUCUGCAGCAGCUGUCUUGAAUCUAAUCAACAUUUAGGUCAUAAAUUAUCUAAAAUCUUAAGAGAAGUGGAUGAAAAGAAGAAUAUGAUUAUAAAAGAAAAAAAUGUAUUAAAUGAUACAAUUUAUCCAACCUACAAAGAUAUUGCUUCUGAUAUAGAAAACACAAUUAUUCAGUUAGAAAAAAAAUAUGGAGAUCUCUCAACAGCCAUAACAAAACAUGGAGAGGACUGGCACAGAGAAAUUGACAAACUUGUCAUGAAACUUAAAGCUGAAAUUGAUGAGAUGAAAAACACACAGUUACGCACUCUACAGAAACAUCUGGAUAAAAUAAACAAGAACCUUUCUGACAUCAAGGAAGAGAUUAAUUCAAUGAAAACUGCAGUAGACACACAUGAUGUGUUAAAACUAUUUAGUGUCAUGUCUAAUGUACCCAUAUACAGAAAUCUUCCACAUAAAAUUAUGCCAUCUUUACCAAAAUUCAUUCCAGGAAAAAUCCAAGGGGAAGAAACUCGUAAACUAUUUGGAGCCUUAUCAUCAAGUUCUUUGACAUCAGAUAAACAUGGCUACAGCAUGAAGACAACGCAGAAAUCACGAAAAGCUGAAACCUCUCCUCCAGUCAAACAGCUGCUUGAUUAACAAGAGACUGUCACCACCAUAGACACUGGGUAUGAGUAUGGACUUUACGAUGUGGCCUGUCUGAGUGAUGAGGAAAUCUGGACAAGUAGAUGACAGAACCAUGAAACUCUACAGCAUCAAUCAGGGAUCACUACUCAAGUCAAUCACAACCAAGUCAGGGAACUACUCAAAUGGCAGUGACAAAAAGUGGAGAUCUUGUUUAUACUGAUAAUGAUAGAACUGGGAACAUUGUGAAGAAUGAGAAGAUUGAGGAGGUGAUCAGACUACAGAAGUGGAAACCUAAGGGUGUCUGUAGUACCUCCUCUGGUGACCUCCUUGUUAUUUAUCAUGUACAGUGAUGAUUACAGACAAACAAAAGUUGUCCAUUACUCUGGUUCCACAGGAAAACAAACCAUUCAGUUUGAUGAUAAAGGUAUACCUUUCUAUUUACUUAGUUCUCUCUAUCAAAGAUACAUAACUGAGAACAAGAAACAUGAUAUAUGUGUGUCUGAUGAGAAAGCUAAUGCAGUAGUGGUGGUCAAUCAGGCGGGGAAACUGAGAUUCAGGUACACUGGACAUACUCCUGCUCCAAAGAACAAAGUAUUCAGUCCACGAGGAAUCACCACAGACAGUCAGGGUAACAUCCU